GAGGGAGGUGUGUGUGUGUGUGUGUUUUCCUUCCUUCCUUCUCUUUCUCUCGGAGAGUCCAAACUGGACCUGCCUCCGCUUCGCUUCGCCUCCUCCCGCCUCCCGGGUUCUCCUCUGGCGGAGAAGGCGAACCUCCUUACGCGAGGACACGAAAGAACGAGGAGGAGAGGAAAGUUGGAAAACUUGUUCGUCAACUCCGCCGGCUGUGCAGCCGCUGGUGGCCGCGGAGAGCGAAAAAAGAGAGUGAGGGAGAGCGCGCGGGCGCGCCUGAAAAUAAAGAGCAUGAAAGCCAACUGAGCGACGGGUCGCAGAGGGGGGUUCCGCUUGGAGGCGCCGGGGGUGGAUUUGUUGGCAGGAUGAAUUUAGAAAGAGACUCUGAAACGACCUUUGAGGAAGACUCUCAGCCCAAUGAUGAGGAGGUCCCAUAUAGCGAUGAUGAGACGGAAGACGACCUGGACACUCAACCUGACGUUGAGCCAGAACAAAACUAUAUUAACAGAGAAGUGGAAGCAACUCGAGAGACGCUUCGAAAAGAUUGCAGCUGGCAAGUUAAAGCAAAUGACAGCGCUUUCUAUGAGCAACCCCAAUUUAAGGAAACAAGAUUCCUUUGUAUUCAGAAAAGUAAAUAUGCGGGGAACGCCAUCAAAACCUACAAGUAUAACCCAAUUACCUUUCUGCCAUUGAAUUUGUAUGAACAGUUUAAAAGAAUUGCCAAUUUCUAUUUUCUUAUUCUACUUAUUUUACAGACAAUUCCUCAGAUAACAACUCUGUCUUGGUAUACUACAUUGGUUCCGUUACUCCUGGUCUUGGGUAUCACUGCAGUUAAAGAUCUAGUGGACGAUAUUGCACGCCAUCGGAUGGACAAUGAAAUUAACAAUCGAACAUGUGAUGUAAUCAAGGGCAAGAGUUUUCAGAACACAAAAUGGAAAGACAUUGCAGUUGGUGAUAUCAUCCGUUUGAGGAAAAAUGCCUUUGUUCCUGCUGAUAUUUUAUUGUUGUCCAGUUCAGAACCCAAUAGCUUUUGUUACGUAGAAACAGCUGAAUUAGAUGGUGAAACCAACUUAAAGUUCAAAAUGUCACUGGAAGUAACAGACAGGUGCCUUCAGGAAGAAAGUUCACUUGCAGUAUUUGAUGGCCUGGUAGAGUGUGAAGAGCCCAACAAUCGUCUAGAUAAAUUUACAGGCAUCUUGAUAUGGCGAGGAAAGAGAUACGCUUUGGACUCUGAUAAAAUUUUGUUGCGUGGUUGUAAAAUCCGGAACACGGAAGUAUGUCAUGGACUUGUCAUUUUUGCAGGGGCUGACACAAAAAUAAUGAAGAACAGUGGGAAAACACGGUUUAAAAGGACCAAAAUCGACUCUCUUAUGAAUUAUAUGGUGUACACAAUUUUUGUAUUACUCAUCCUGGAGUCUGCUGGUCUGGCUAUUGGACACACUUACUGGGAACAACAAAUUGGCAAUUCUUCUUGGUAUCUCUAUGAUGGUGAAGAUAAUUCCCCUUCAUACCGUGGCUUCCUUAACUUUUGGGGCUACAUCAUUGUGCUUAACACCAUGGUUCCCAUAUCCCUCUAUGUGAGUGUUGAAGUGAUCCGUCUGGGCCAAAGUUAUUUUAUCAACUGGGACUUGCAGAUGUAUUAUCCAGAGAAAGAUACAGCUGCAAAAGCAAGAACUACCACUUUGAAUGAACAGCUGGGACAGAUCCACUACGUCUUCACAGACAAGACAGGCACACUGACACAGAAUAUAAUGACCUUCAAAAAAUGUAGCAUAAAUGGACAAACCUACGGAGACAGCAGGGAUAAAACAGGUGAAGAGCACAAUCAUUUAGAACAAGUGGAUUUAAGCUGGAAUAUGUAUGCAGAUGGAAAACUUAAUUUUUACGAUCAUUACCUGAUUGAAAACAUUAAAACUAGGAAGGAAACUGAAAUUCAGCAAUUCUUCCUCCUUCUGGCAAUUUGUCAUACAGUGAUGGUAGAUGCUAGUGAUGGUGAGCUCAACUAUCAUGCUGCUUCUCCGGACGAGGGGGCAUUGGUAACUGCAGCCAGAAACUUUGGUUAUGCUUUCCUCUCACGCACGCAAAAUACCAUUACAAUAAGCGAAAUGGGAACUGUGAAAACCUAUGAAGUGCUUGCCAUUUUGGAUUUCAACAGUGACAGAAAAAGGAUGUCUGUUAUCACAAGAGAUCCCAAUGGGGCCAUCAAACUUUAUUGCAAAGGAGCCGAUACAGUGAUUUUUGAACGGCUGCAUCCAAGAAAUCCUAACAAACAGGAUACCGAAGAUGCGUUGAAUCUCUUUGCAAAUGAAACCCUUCGAACAUUGUGCCUUUGCUAUAAGGAAAUUAGCCAUUAUGAAUAUGAAGCAUGGGAGAAGAAGUUCAUGGCAGCUUCUCUGGCCUCAGGAAACCGGGAGGCAGCUCUUGAUAGAGUGUAUGAAGACAUUGAGCAAAAUCUAAUUCUUUUAGGUGCCACAGCAAUAGAAGACAAGUUACAAGAUGGGGUGCCAGAAACCAUCUCCAAAUUGUCAAAAGCAGAUAUUAAGAUCUGGGUUUUGACAGGUGACAAAAAAGAAACUGCGGAAAAUAUUGGUUAUUCCUGUGAACUCUUAACAGAUGAAACUAAUAUCCACUACGGAGAAGACAUCAGCGCUCUUUUGCAAACAAGGCUGGAAAACCAGAGGAACCAAAGUGGGGUAUAUGACAAAUCUUCCAAUACAGCCAAUGAACCCUUUUUCACAGAAGGCAAAAACCAAGCAUUAAUUAUCACUGGAUCGUGGCUGAAUGAAAUUCUUCUGGAGAAGAAAACGAGGAAGAAGAAGCUCUUGAAACUGAAAUUUCCCAAAACAGUGGAAGAGAAGCAAAGGCAUAAGGAGACAAAGCGAAGGAUAGACUUGUACAAAGAGCAACAGCAACGAAACUUUGUGGAUUUAGCCUGCGAGUGCAAUGCUGUGAUUUGCUGCCGAGUUACCCCCAAACAGAAAGCCAUGGUGGUCGACCUGGUAAAGAGAUACAAGAAAGCCAUAACCUUGGCUAUUGGAGAUGGUGCUAAUGAUGUGAAUAUGAUUAAAACUGCCCACAUUGGUGUUGGGAUAAGUGGUCAAGAAGGGAUGCAAGCCGUCAUGUCCAGUGACUACUCUUUUGGCCAGUUCAGAUAUCUCCAGAGGCUGUUGCUGGUUCAUGGACGAUGGUCUUACAUCAGAAUGUGCAAAUUCCUUCGGUAUUUCUUCUAUAAAAACUUUGCUUUUACAUUAGUGCACUUCUGGUACUCCUUCUUCAAUGGCUAUUCUGCUCAGACAGUGUACGAGGAUUGGUUUAUCACACUAUACAAUGUAUUAUAUUCCAGUCUACCAGUUCUUCUUGUUGGAUUACUUGAUCAGGAUGUGAGUGAUAAACUGAGCAUACGGUUUCCUAACUUGUACGUCUUGGGACAAAAAGACUUGCUUUUUAACUACCAGAAGUUCUUCUUAAGCCUGCUGCAUGGCGUUAUAACAUCACUGAUCAUUUUCUUCAUACCGUACGGUGCUUACCUACAAACCAUGGGACAGGAUGGAGAAGCUCCUUCUGAUUACCAGUCAUUUCCACCUAAUUGUAACUGUCAUGUCUCCUUCCCAGGUACCGCUUCAAAUGCCCUUCGACAGCCAUAUAUCUGGUUGACCAUAAUACUGUCUGUCACUCUCUGUUUGCUGCCCAUCAUUGCCCUCCGGUUCUUGAUGAUGACCAUCUGGCCUACAAAAAGUGAAAAGAUUCGGAAGAAUCGCAAAAAGUACAAGGCCGUAGAGGAGAAGUGGAAGCGAAGGCAGAGCGUUCUCCGUCGCGGGGUAACUGGUCGUCGUUCCGCGUAUGCCUUCUCCCACCAGCGAGGUUACGCUGACCUCAUCGCUUCUGGGCGUAUCAUCCGUCGUAGGCGAGCUUCCCUAACGGCAGUUCUGGGCAACAAUUUGGCCGAAAUUAGGCGAGCUGAAGAAAACAGUUGAUGACUUGCCCAAUCCCAUAGAAAACAGAGGAAGGAUAGCACAAAAAGUUUUAUUUUUUUUUACAAAGGACGGUGGCUUCUUUUUCUUUUUUUGAAAAACGCGUGCAGGAUUAUGAAGGGAGUCUAAUUAUUUUUCCCCCCAAUUGCUAUGUUCGGGACUAAAAUUGGACAGACCGAAUGGCUGAGUAUUUUUAAUUCUCCGUCCUUGCAUAAACAUUGCUUUUAUUUGGAACUGAGGGAUAUCCUUAUGCCUUGGACUUCAAGCCCAACAAUUUUAAGGUGUUUUUAAACAGUAGUGGUUUUUUUUUUAAAAAAAGAAAAACAAUUCCAACAGAGGUUUUAUGCCUCAGCACCAAAGACGAACCACUCCGCAGCAACAUGAUUCUGAGUGCCAUUUCAUUCUGUUAAUUUAUUCUACCAUCAUAUCAUUCUUCUUUGGCAGCCUAAGAAUGCUUUUUUUUGCAUCUUUUGUACAUUUUUAUGCUGUAAGCAUUUAGAGCAUAAUGCACUAUCCAACAAAGUUGUACUGGUUGAUCGGAGCUGCAUGCUCUUAGUAAUGUUCAGACAUUUGGGUAGCGAAAGUUCAACAGGCUUUCAGGUUUGUAAUUAAAGGUGUCUUCCCCAGAAGUUCCUUAAGGAAACAAUAGCUUGUUGUAUAUUUUCAGGAAAACAACAGCUUGUACUUUGGGCAUUGUGGGGGGUCUCCCCUCUCUAAACAUGUAGCAGCUUUGUAUCAGCAAGAAUGAAUGUGCCUUUCCAGUAAUGUAUUUUAUACCCGGCCUUUUCACCUUUAUUACAAAUCUUACUGUAUUAUUUGUAUUGGUUUGAGAAAUAGGAAAGACAGAGUCAAUCUGUGGAGAUUUUCCUUUUGGAUAUGUUGGUUGAUUUCAUCCUUGGGUUGUUCUUGGUCAGGGGAAAUGGCCACCUAGCCCAUUAAACAACAGGAGGUGAUUCUUAUAUAGCACUGUCUUUUAUGUUGGAAUGAGUUGUGUGAAGGAAUAAUAUCUGAGCAGCAUCAUGCUUGAAGAUGACAAUGCCAAUUUCACCACAUUUGAAAGAAAGAGCAUAAUGCAUUAUUCAACAAAAGUUAUACUGGUCAAUCAGGGCUGCAUGCUUUUAAUAAUGCUCAGCCAUUUGGGCACAGAAAGUUCAUGUUCGAAAUCAAAAGCAUCUUCACCAGAGGGAGUGAUACGCCUUGUUUUGUGGGAACGAGAGGCACAAUUUGAAGCAUCACCUGGAGCAAGAGAAUAAUUUUCAUUUAAGAUAAAUCUACUACAUGAUUUUUUUUAAUAGUAAAGAGGACGAUGUUCUUUUUAAAAAUGUAUUCAUUCAUUUCAAUGUGUUGGGACUUAAAAAUGGUUUACAUUUCAAUACUCUUAGCAUGCACCAAAUGACCCUGUUUCAAUAUUCACAACUGUUCCUCAGAUUUGUGUAGAUGGAUGAACAGAACUCAUCCCUAAGGAACAUGGACUUGGUACAUUCCUUCAUUUUUACUAUUGAAUGUUGAAAGGUUUACAGCUUUUUGGUAAAAGACAGCAGAUUUUAUUUUGAUUCAAAAAUUGAUUUUUCUAUUCAGAAAUGAGGACGAGGUUAGUCUUUAUCUUUCAGACGUUUAAUCUAAGUGCAAUAUUUGCAACUUUUAAUACAUUGAUUGUACACGUGUAUCUCAAUUAUAAAAUGUAAAUAUUUUAUUUCUUAAAGCAUUAUGUAUAUAUAAGUAAAGUGCCUUUUAAUCUUUU